UUCGAUCCGGCGACGCCGGGCAUUUUAGGAGCCUCUGCACGUCUUUCCUGCUUGUGCAAGUCUGUCCUUCUCGGCUCCUUUUCUCCAGCGCCCGGACGAGGCCGUUCCGCCCCGCGAGGGAAGCAGAGCCGUUGACCAUGGUUGCAACUGGCAGUUUGAGCAGUAAGAACUCGGCCAGCAUUGCAGAGUUGCUGGACCGUGGCUAUCACCCGGGGAGCCUGCUCACUGACUUUGACUACUGGGAUUAUGUUGUUCCUGAACCCAACUUCAACGAGGUGAUAUUUGAGGAGACAACUUGCCAAAAUUUGGUUAAAAUGCUGGAGAACUGUCUGUCCAAAUCAAAGCAAACCAAACUCGGUUGCUCAAAGGUCCUUGUCCCUGAGAAACUGACCCAGAGAAUUGCUCAAGAUGUCCUGCGACUCUCCUCCACUGAGCCCUGCGGCCUGCGAGGCUGUGUUAUGCACGUGAACAUGGAAAUUGAAAAUGUAUGUAAAAAGCUGGAUAGAAUUGUGUGUGAUUCUAGUGUGGUGCCUACUUUUGAGCUUACACUUGUGUUUAAGCAGGAGAACUGCUCGUGGACUAGCUUCAGGGAUUUUUUCUUUAGUAGAGGUCGCUUCUCAUCUGGCCUCAGGCGAACUCUGAUCCUCAGCUCAGGAUUUCGACUUGUUAAGAAAAAGCUUUACUCGCUGAUUGGAACAACAGUCAUCGAAGAGUGCUAGAAAGGAAAACUUGGAAAGGAUUCUCAUGUGAUUAGGUACCUAUGCAGCUACUCAGUUAAAGUCAUUUGUAGUUUGCUCUGCCUGCCCUGAAUGAGAAACCCCCAAUUUAGUCCAUCUUCCUUCUAUGUCCACACCCACAGCAACCCCAGCUAAAGGGCUGAUUUUGUGGCUUUUGAGAAAUGACCCAAGAAAGUGUACAUCUUCUGCAUGUAUCACAUCCUUUACAGAAUCGAAUGGAAUAAGGAAGGAAAAGAAGCCAUCCACUUCAGUUUUAUAUUUGAUUUCACAACUUUUUCCAGGUAGUAUUGCUAAUAGACUAUAUAAAUGAGAUUUGCCUAGUUUGAUUUUCAUAUGGCUUUUUUUCUGUAAGUUCUCAAUGUGAUCCUUUCAAUCACAGAAUCUUACUAAAUGAUGCUUACUUAGCCCAUCGAAACUUCCAGAUGCCAACACCACCAAUUUCCUGCCAAUUUUCUACUCAAAUUUAAAGGAUUCUUAGACAGGAGGGUAGAAUUAAGUGGGUGAGCUUAGCUAAAAUUUAAUCCUAGAUAAGUAAGAGUGAAUAGGAAAUGUCACAGUGACAACAGAACUUCAGUUUUUCCUUGUGUCCUCCUCACUCUCGUUUCCAGGAGGUGACAAAAGCUUGAGCUGCCAUUUUAGUAACCACAGUACUGUUUUAAAUGACUUUGUGGUACAGCAUAAGCUCAGUUUUCCUAGGCCUCGAGUAUUAAAUAUCGUCUUUAAACUAGAAAAAUGGAAAAUGUUGAACUGAUUGUGUGUGUGUGCAUAGUUGAUUACUCUUGCAUUGAGUGAAUGAUGAAUGCCUAUGAGGAUAAGAAAUGAGUUCUCAAAUCCAGUCCCUUACUGAUUCAUUUUGUAAUCUAGCUUCUUUUCAGUAUUCAUAUGCUUAAUCCCAAACGAGCCAGCUCACCAUGUCAGUGUUAUCUCAUCUCUGGCGUCUUCUGGGAAUUGAAGUAUGUCUCAAUAACCCCAGUCUUCAAGGGAGAUAGCUGCGUGCUACCAUUUUAAUUAUGAAGAUGAAUAUAUUUAUGAAGUCUGUUUUGGCUAUGGAGAUCUGGUUUAUAGCACAGACUAGAGAAUGAAAAUCACAUCCAGGUAACCAGUAUACACUCCCAGCUUUCUUCCAACUUGGAUACCUGCAAUAAAGGCCUUAUUUUUUGUCUCAUUUCAACAAACUAGAUCAUUAUCUGUUUCCUUUUUUAUGUUAAUGAGAGAGUUUAGCCUCCAUGUGACUGUUCAUUUCAGCAAGGCCUUCACAUCCUCGCUGUGGGUCAUGACAAGGACCCUAUUCAGGUCUGCUGCUCAAGUUAUUAGCACCGCUUCUCAUACCCAAGGCCGGGGUUGUAGGGACAGAUGUCUUCAUCCUGGUGUUUGUUACUUAAAAACAAGUGUGAUCCUGUUACCAAUCCUAGAAGUGACCUAACAUGUCCUGUUCAAAUUAGCAAGUGUUCUAACAAAUUUAACUCUUCAAAUGCUUGGAAAAAUACCACAAAGCCAAUCUUUGUAGGACUAGACCAAGAUAAACAAUGUUGUUUUGCAUGUCUUUUAUUCUGGGCUGUAAAUGUCACUGUGUCUUUAGUUGUUUUAGAGUCGCCAUCAUGGACUGUGGGCGAGGCUUCUCAGGCAUGGAUACAGAACUGUUGUCCUUUUUCUACUAACAGUUGUCUUGGACCCUCUUGCCUCUUAUGAUUACAAAAUGGUGAUGGUUUAUGGAAGCUCUUAAAUUAAUAUUCCUGUUAAAGGAAAUUAAAGUUUGUCUAUUUUUGACAAUAAAGCAUCAUAUAUUUUUAA